AUGGAGGCCACGAGAAGCAUCCUGCUUCUCCUUCCUGCCGUCUCCUUUCGUUCCUCCGGUCACUGUCAGACGUUCGAUCUCCCGCCUUGUCGGAGUGCUCCUGCUUCCCACUCGCUUCGUUCCGGCGACAUUCGAGCUCCUCCAUUGUGUGCUUCCACGUCUUCAUCUGCCUCAACAGCAAGGGUAGGAAGAUCUCGGCAUGUUGUAUGUGCGAAUAUUAUGUGUCCUGUCUGUGAUAUUGUGGCUUUAAGAGGACCGGCUUGUUUGUUGAAAAUCGUGGGAAGGGAGAUUACAGGGGCCCGAAGCCCAAGCGGAACUUGGUGGCUGAUUGGGUGUCCAACAACGACGAAGUUGCCCGGAGUCUUCCUAUCUACGUGGGCGGAUUUGCCUUGCUGGCAGUUCUCCUCAACCGCACUUUUUCCGGCAUUGCACCAGUAGCAGAUGCUAGCAGGUUUAGUUUGGCUCCACAUUCUUCUGAUCUGCCUUCUUUUCGGGUCGAACAGAUGUAAAUUUUAAAGAUAAUAAAAAUAAAUCAAUUAUGUUCUUGUCAAUUGUUUCUUGUUUGAUUGCAGCCAUUUCUUCAAUGGAGAUCUUGUUUGGUCGUUUUUUCCGCGUUAGGGGACAUCUCUUGGGCCGUGAUUUUUGGUUGUGUUCUUAUGGAGAUAUGAUUUGGUGUUUUCAUAAAAGAAUUUACAGAAAAGAUGUGUUGAAUUCCUCUUGGAUGGAACUUGAAAGCGUUAAAUGACGGAGUAAGAUUCCCAUGCUUCAUCUACCUAGAUUCUCACCUUGACAAGGAACAAGAAAAAUAAAAUUUUAUAGCAUGUUCGAAGUUAUGAGCAUAAUAAUAAAAUAACUUAAAAAUAAACUACCCUCAUUGUACCAGUAGCAAUUUGCAUUUCAUUCAUGGCAUUCUUUUAUGGUGAAUAAUCAAGGAUAUUUAAAGAUAACGGUGAAAUAAACGAUACCUACGACCAUUAGGAAGCAUAACACUAACAUAAAGCAAUUUAAAAAACCUGGAGGACCCAUGAUGGGUGAUGAUAAGCCAUAUUGUAUAUCUCCAAAAUAGAAAGAAUAAAUGUUACAUUAAAGAAAGGGAAUAAAAAAUCAUGUUACAGCGGAUGCACAAAUGGUCUGGUUAUCAGUCAACUUCAACAAUAUUUAUUGUCAUCUUUGCCAUCAUCUUCAGGUGGUGGUUUCAUCAUCGUAUUCUCUCCGUAUGCAUGCUUGUUCUUAGGUCUCUUUGACUUUUAUGUAUCAAUCUUUUGGUAAGUCUAACACAGAUCGUUUGUAACCUGAUUCUGUUUGAUUUUUUUUCUUUUCUUUUCCUCUUUGCAGUUCACAGUCGAGAGCAGAUAUAUUGUCUCUUUCUUUGGCUGUAACUGACCUUCUUGCUGGUCUUGUCUGGUUAUCAAUUAGGCCAAAGUAUAUAUCUCCAGUAAGCAUUAAAUUAUCUAUUGGGAAAGAAUGGUUUAUCAUUACUAUUUAUGGGACUUACACGACUCUUCAUAUUGAUUCCAGGAAGUUCCUGAAGGUGUAGAGUGUAGGAGGAUACAUUCUUCUCUGCCGGAUUAUGCAGUGCAUGAGCUACUAUGGUAAAUACUCGACUUUUAUGAUUCAUGUGGCUCCGGUGACAUUUGUUUCUCCUUUCCUAGAAACAAUGUUGAACUACUUUAUUCUAAGUGAAAGAUGAAUAUCACUUGGUGAGGAUCUUUGGGUUUGGUCAACAAAGAAAGAAGGUUCGAACUGAACAAAAUGAUGAGAACCAGAAAAAGUAAAUGUGUGUUUGUGCAUAUGGCGAGAGAGAGAGUACAGAGAGAGAGACUCACACGCUCACACACAGAUAUAUAUUUUUUUAAACCCAAUGGCCAUCCUGAACGCGAUAAGAAGACAAUCUUUUGGCAUAACUCAUGCCUCACACUUAAAUGAAACUGGACAUAAUAUGAGAUAUAUGAGGACCUGUAGUGGCCCAUUUUUUUAUCCCAUUUUGCUAAAUGCGGCUGCUUAAGAGUUGACAAUUUUCCCAAUUGAAUAUCUUGAUUUUUACCAAUUUUGUCCAAAUAUUUUGGCCAUGACCCUCAUCAUAUCAUGCAAUUUAAGGAAUGUAGACUAGGUAAAAUGGAGCUCAUUUCGCUCCAUCAGUAAUUCACAUAAUUUCUUUGCAUUAGUAAAUAAUUUGAUUAAUAUUCGAGUUACAGAAUCAUAACAAUCUUGUGUGGUAUCUUUCGUCCAGUAAUUCCCUUCCUUGUGAAGGUGUUACACUUUUCGCACUAUAGGAUUAUCACAGAACAUGAUUUACAGUGGCUUAGAAUCUCAUGUGAACUUUAGCUCCGGUUCUUUUUUCUGGAGUUCUGCUUAAUUAGACCAGUCUGCAAUCAAUUGAGCUUAUUAGCAUUGCUAUCUUGACUUUUGAUCAGGGCAUGGACCUCUCUUUCGGAUGCAACGUGCUGCAGGUCCUUGGUGGUCGUGUAUAAAAACUGUUGCCUUCUUCAAAUAGGGAUUGCUUCUGAGAUUUCCUCAAAGGAUGGAAAUCCCACUGAUAUCGAUGUUCCCUGUUUAACACAGGGUUCUCUGUGUCAAAAAGCCAUGCAAUCCGGAAAGCGUAAAUUCCUCCCUCCCUCUCUCUCUCUCUCUAUCUCUCUCUCUCUCUCUCUAUAUAUAUAUAUACAUAUACACAGACCUGUUUUAUCUAUAUUUAUUUUCAAUAUUAUCUAUGUAAGUUCAUACUCAAACUUUUUAAUCACAUGCUCUUUACAGAAAGCUACUUGGCCAAUCUCUCUCUUUAUCCUGGGAGGGUAGAAUUUCCUUUCUUACCCGCUAAUACACAGGUAUUGACCUUCAUUGGGCUGACUUAUGCUAUGUUACAGAUAUGUAUCAAGGAUAUCUCAUCAGUUAUGACCAAAAAAUAUAUAAUUUUUCCUUUCUUACCCGCUAAAUGGGUGUUGAUCUUCCAGGCGCUGAUCUUGCAGCCAAUUGGGGACAGCGGAAUUGCAAUUAUAGGCGGUGAUACGAUUAGGGGAUUCAGCAGUCUUGACCAGGUUUCUUGAACUAUUAAUUCUUUUUCAAACGCCAUAACUAACCUAUCAUUUUGAAUGUUUACCGGCUUAUUGAUUCUAUACUGCUAUUAAUCUUUUUAUUCAAAAUUUUGACUUGAGAUUGGUGGAAUAAAGCUCACUAAAUCACAAGCUCCCGCACACAGUGUGGCAUUUCUGGUAUACAGGCGUUGACUUCGUUAACACAUGUAGCUCCCUUUUUGGCAUCAUUUUCAGACCUAGUUUUUGUACCUCCACGCAUUGUUCCUUGUCUGAAGAUUAUAAUUAUUCGUUUAAUUCUUAGUUUCACCUGAGAUAACAUACUAGGCACUUUUGAACUCCGUAGCUCAAUUACCCACUUGACUCAGUGGAAGAAAUCUGGCGGUCAUUUGGGUUAUGGCAGCAGUGAGAGAAUCUGGACGAAGAACUUCUCAUCUUCUGAAUCAUGGUGUCUGAGAUCUGAGUGAAGCAGCUAGGUUUUUUUUGGGCGUUCCAAUCUAGGGUUGGCUCAGGUAGUAUUAAUGGAAUAUAAAAUAUACAUUUUCGGUGAUGAUAAUCACUUUAAUUUCGUGCUAUACUUGGAAUAAUUCAUCGCUGUUCUUCAUUCAGGUGUUCUUUCCACUCGCACUGUUGAUUUGGGAGUCAAGAUGUGCUAUAGUAGAUGUAUUCUAAAUUCCUUGGAUUGAUGUUUAUUAACUAUGUUUUAACUCGUUGCUCUCGUGUAAAAUAUAAAAUUGAUUGAAUUAUGUUCAUAGAAUCUGGGUGAUUCCCAUAUCGGCUGCAAUCAUAUUUAGAAGAAUUCAAUUUAAUUUUUUUUUCAACAUCUGAUGCUCGUGAAUGUGGAAUCGAUCGUUUGCUCAGUUCAUCGGUGAGAACUCAGGUACAGGAUGAUCUGUUAUUUAUUUAAUUUAUUUUUGUUCAUACAGGCAUGGAUCACAUCAAUCAGUGAGAAGCUGGAUGUGACCUUGUGCAAGCUCUCCCAACUUUGA